AUGACGGUCGUUCUAGUAAUAGGGGCCAAUGGAUACACGGGAACGCCGAUUGUACAUUCGCUACUUGAACAUGGAAUGAAAGUGGAAGUUCUAGCUCAACAAAAGAGUCUGCGAGAUCCUACAAAACGGCUACAGUUCGAUGCAUUCAAAGCUAAAGGAGCUGGAAUUCGUGUGGGAUCAAUCCAAGACCUCGACUCUGUAAAACAAGCUCUCAUCGGUGUCGACAUCGUCAUUUCUUGUGUCGUAUAUGGAUAUUUACUUGAACAGAUUCCACUUGCUCGAUUGUGCAAGGAUGCUGGAGUGAAAAGGUUUGUUCCAAGUGAUUUCUCUACGUAUUGCCCACCAAAUGUGAUGGCUUUACAGGAUAAGAAAUAUAUGGUACAUAAGGCAAUCAAGGAAAUGGGACUGCCAUAUACAUUCAUCAACUCUGGAUCCUGGUACGAAGUGCUACUACGCGAGAUUGAUGGUACACCAAUGGACCCAGUUCCCUCUGAUUUCAAACCGGACUUGAACUUUCGGACAUAUGGCGAUGGUCAUUGCUUGAAUGCCUCGACUGAUCUACCAGAAGUUGGGGAGCUUGUCGCUAGAAUCGUGGUAGAUCCACGAACUUUGAAUCAGUCAGUCUUUAUAUGUGGAGAUGCAUUGUCUAUUACCCAAAUGGCUGAUAUUUAUGAGUCGGUCACGAAACGAAAGUUGAAAAAAACCAAGAUGGACGAAGCACGUCAUUUAUCUCGUAUUCAAGAACUUCGUAACCAGAUUGGGCCUCUUGACAAGAAUCCUGAGCUGCCUCGUGAACUCUUGCUAAGAGAGUACGGAUUAAGCAGAUGGAUUCGAGGAGACAAUGAUCCUUCAAAGCUACCGUCUUCAAUCAUGAAAGCUUCCGAUCUAUACCCAGACUUCAAAUUCAAGAAAUGGGAGACGUGGAUGAAGGAACGAUUUAAUGCCAGCAAACUGUAG